UCUCCGUGUGUCCCUCCGCCCGAGUCGCGCUUUGUUUACGUCGCCCUUCAUGGCGAUCACGUCCUGCACGGAGUCCGCUCGCACGCCGUCCUCUGAGAUGAGUAGCAUGGAUGGCCUGGAGCCUCAGAGCCCCAGCCAGGAGUGGGACGACCCCAUGUCUCCACCCCCUCACGACCCAGGCACCCCACCCUCGGCAAGCUCCCGUGAUUCCCUCAGCCGGGACAACCCCUCCAGCCCCCCGAACGCAGGGGGUCCAAGGGGUCCCACAAGCCCCGAUGGGCCUAUGAGCCCUGAUGAGGAAGAGGAGGAGGGCCCCAUGAGUCCUGAUGGUCCUGCCAGCCCGGAGGGCCCAGCCAGUCCUGACAACUCCGCCAGCCCUGAGGGCCCCAUGAGCCCUGACAACCCUGCUGGCCCCAUGAGUCCUGAGAACACCACAGGCCCCAUGAGUCCAGAGAACCCUGCCAGCCCAAAGGGUCCCAUGAGUCCAGAUAAUCCAGCUAGUCCAGAAGGCUCAGACUACCCAAUGAGUCCUAGUGAUUCACGGGACUUGAGUCCGAAGCGCCCGCACAGCCCUGAGGGUCCAGCCAGCCCUGAUGACCCUGCCAGCCCAGACCCCCAGGAGAGCUCUCGCAA